CAUGAUGCAGCGGCAAACAUGGCUGUCUGUCGCGGUUAUACGACGCUAGCCAAACUGUUUAAAUAUUGAAAUUACACAAAAAACUAUUUUUGUUUGAACGCGCAAUUCUACAAUAUACAAAGGAAUGACCAGCGAAUGAGCAGCAAUGACGUCCAUUAUCAAGCUGACAGCUUUGUCAGGGGUUCAGGAGGAGUCUGCCCUCUGCUACCUUCUCCAGGUGGAUGAAUUCCGCUUCCUUUUGGAUUGUGGCUGGGAUGAAAACUUCUCAAUGGACAUUAUUGAUGCCAUAAAGCGGCAUGUUCACCAGAUUGAUGCUGUGCUCCUUUCCCAUCCUGAUCCCAUUCACUUGGGAGCUUUGCCAUAUGCUGUGGGAAAACUGGGUCUAAAUUGUACCAUAUAUGCAACAAUACCAGUUUAUAAGAUGGGCCAGAUGUUUAUGUAUGAUCUUUAUCAGUCACGAAACAACAGUGAAGAUUUCACUCUGUUCACCCUGGAUGAUGUGGACAGCGCUUUUGAUAAAAUUCAGCAGCUAAAGUAUUCACAGAUUGUCAAUCUGAAAGGUAAGGGACAUGGUCUCUCGAUUACACCACUCCCAGCUGGUCACAUGAUUGGCGGGACUAUUUGGAAGAUCGUGAAGGAUGGGGAGGAGGAGAUUGUUUAUGCUGUGGACUUCAAUCACAAGAGAGAAAUCCACCUGAAUGGAUGCACCAUGGAGAGCAUCAGUCGUCCUUCCUUGCUUAUCACCGACUCCUUCAAUGCUGCAUACGUGCAACCACGCCGCAAGCAAAGAGAUGAACAGCUACUCACCAAUGUAAUGGAGACGCUCCGUGGGGAUGGUAAUGUGCUUAUCGCCGUGGAUACAGCUGGGCGGGUGUUGGAGCUGGCUCAGCUCCUGGACCAGAUUUGGAGGACAAAAGACGCCGGGCUUGGAGCUUACCCGCUUGCCCUACUUAACAAUGUCAGCUACAAUGUUGUGGAGUUCUCAAAGUCCCAGGUGGAGUGGAUGAGCGACAAGCUCAUGAGGUGUUUUGAGGACAAGAGAAACAAUCCCUUCCAGUUCCGACACUUGACCCUGUGCCACAGCCUAGCAGACCUGGCUCGUGUGCCCAACCCGAAGGUGGUGCUCUGUAGCCAGCCGGACCUUGAGUCUGGAUUUUCUCGAGAGCUCUUCAUCAAGUGGUGCCAAGACAGCAAACACUCCGUCAUACUGACUUAUCGCACCACACCUGGGACACUGUCUCGCUACCUCAUUGACCACCCGGGAGAGAAGAUGCUGGAUCUGGAGGUGAGAAAGAGAGUGAAGCUCGAAGGCAAAGAACUGGAAGAAUACCUUGAAAAUGACAAAAUAAAGAAAGAAGCGGCGAAAAAACUUGAACAAGCAAAAGAGGUCGAUGUGGACUCCAGCGACGAGAGCGACAUGGACGACGACCUGGAUCAACCAACCGUAGUGAAAACCAAACACCACGACUUGAUGAUGAAAGGCGAGGGGAACCGCAAAGGCAGUUUCUUCAAACAAGCCAAAAAGUCCUACCCAAUGUUCCCGGCGCACGAAGAAAGAAUCAAAUGGGACGAGUAUGGCGAGAUCAUCAGGAUUGAAGAUUUUCUCGUUCCUGAACUGCAAGCUACAGAGGAGGAGAAAAGCAAACUGGAAUCGGGGUUGACCAACGGCAAUGAGCCCAUGGAUCAGGACCUCUCCGUCGUUCCCACUAAAUGUGUUUCUAGCAUUGAAAAUCUUGAAAUCAGAGCCCGAAUAACAUACAUAGACUAUGAAGGUCGCUCCGACGGUGAUUCCAUCAAGAAGAUCAUAAAUCAGAUGAAGCCCAGGCAGCUGGUGAUUGUUCACGGACCCCCUGAAGCCAGUCUGGACCUGGCUGAGUCCUGCAAAGCUUUUAGCAAGGACAUUAAAGUGUACACACCUAAACUGCAAGAGACUGUGGACGCCACCAGUGAGACUCACAUCUACCAGGUGCGGUUGAAAGACUCCCUGGUGAGCUCCCUGCAGUUCUGCAAGGCCAAAGAUACAGAGUUGGCGUGGAUCGACGGUGUGCUGGACAUGCGCGUGGUGAAGGUGGACACGGGUGUGCUGCUGGAGGAAGGGGUGAAAGAGGAACUAGAGGACGGCGAGCUGGCCAUGGACACCGCUCCAGAGCUUGAUGUCGACCACAGUUCUGUAGCGGUUGCAGCUCAGCGGGCCAUGAAGAACCUGUUUGGAGAGGACGAGAAGGAACCUUCUGAGGAGAGUGAUGUCAUUCCCACACUAGAGCCCCUGCCCACAUAUGAGAUGCCAGGACAUCAGUCAGUGUUCAUCAACGAGCCUCGCCUGUCCGACUUCAAGCAGGUCUUGCUCAGAGAAGGCAUCCAAGCAGAGUUUGUGGGAGGGGUGCUGGUCUGCAACAACCUGGUGGCUGUCCGCAGGACGGAGGCGGGACGCAUUGGUUUGGAAGGCUGCCUGUGCGACGACUACUUUAAGAUCCGGGAGCUGCUGUAUCAGCAAUACGCUGUAGUAUAGCAGCAGCAGCAGACACCACAGAGAACAUCUUUUAUGAGGACUUUACCCAGAGGAGAUGACCGUCCCACACUUGAGCUCCCUCUGGCCCUUGGGUACCUCCAGCUGUGUCCCUACUGCAUCCAUUGUACAGUUUCACUUUUUUUUUUUUAUAUAUUUUCUCCAGGUAACAUUCUCUACUGCUUGGAGCAGCUGUUUUGUUGUUGUUGUUUAUACCCGGACUGAUCAUGUAUGUGACGAGAGAUACUGCUCCAUGUUAUUUUCACAUUAAAUAUACAAUUCUUUUUCCAUA